UCCCCCCCUAGCUUUUUCCAUCCCAACUUUACCCUCCUUCCCACACCCCCUGCACAGCUUUACGCACAGUCCCUCUUUACACAGCCAUGAGACUCGCCACCGCCCUCACCCUCCCCCUCCUCGCCCUCCCCCUCGCCCGCGCCAUCAUCACCCCCACCUCCCCCGACGGCUCCACCGUCGUCGCCGUCGGCGACUCCAUCCAAGCUCUCUGGACCAUCGACUCCACCGACGGCUGGACCGACGUCGAGAUCCAGCUCAUGACCGGGAGCAACCUCGCUAUGGUCCCCCUCGCCACCGUCGCUACAGGUAUCGACGGGACUUCUGCCACCUCCUUCUCCUUUGCAGCCCCCGACGUGAGCCCCUACUCCAAAAUCUACUUUCUCCAGUUCACCAAUGGCGGCGACAUGACCAACGUCACUUGGACAACCCGAUUCACCAUUGCGGGCGCUGACGGAUCCACCACCGAGCCUACCAACUCUACCGACUCUGUCGAAUGGGGCACCGGCCAACUCCUUUCCUCCGUCUCUGCAUCUUCCGGCAACUCUUCGUCCUCUGAAACAGCUUCGACUUCUGCUUCCGCCGUCGCUGCUGCUGUCACCGCCUCCUCCUCUUCCUCCUCCUCUUCCUCCUUCUCCUCCUCCACCUCCGAGUCCGCCACGUCCAACUCUGCCACACCCUCUGCAUCCUCCGCCAACGCUUCUUCCGACUCUUCCACCUCUUCCGACUCUUCCACCUCUUCCGGCAGCCGUCUCCACGUCGGACUCGUAUCCAUCUUUAUCGCCUCUGCUCUUGGUAUCGCUUUGAUCUAGAGCCAAGUCCGACAUUCGGUCUGAAAUUGGACACCUAAAACAAAACGGUAAUAUAUACGGACAUUUAUACUUUUUUUACUUUUUACGAAAAAAAAAACAAGACGUUUAUAGAUUGAACGAUACAACGAAAUACCCUACCCGGCUUUAAAGCAAACCAUACUACGUUAUCCCCUGUCCCUUAUAUCGUCCAUUGAAAACAACUACUCGAGGAGAAGUUUAGACGAAAUACGACCGAUAGUUACACAUAGUAAUACAACUUGGCUCUUUUUUUGGGUUAUCCUUGUUACUUGUGGAUGGCUGAACACCAAUGAUGAUUUCUGGGACAUGGGCAUGCAACUCUUU